AUCCUAAAUCCUGGCAGAGCUUUAUGGAGCCCAGUUCUGGCAGGCUCCCAGGACUCGAAGCCACCAGACCGCACAUGGAACCCAGGGCCACGUGUCCAGCUGCUGCACCCUUGGUGAAGAGACCGUUCCGUGUUCUUGUCGGUGUCACUGGGAGUGUUGCAGCCCUGAAGUUGCCUCUUCUGGUGUCAAGGCUUUUGGACAUUCCUGGCCUGGAAGUAGCAGUGGUCACAACUGAGAGAGCCAAACAUUUCUACAGUCCCCAGGAUGUUCCUGUCACCCUCUACAGCGACGCUGAUGAAUGGGAGAUGUGGAAGUGCCGAUCCGACCCAGUUCUCCACAUUGACCUGCGGAGGUGGGCAGACCUCAUGCUGGUAUCUCCUCUCGAUGCCAACACGCUGGGAAAGGUGGCCAGUGGCAUCUGUGACAACUUGCUUACCUGUGUCAUCCGGGCCUGGGACCGCAGCAAGCCCCUGCUCUUCUGCCCGGCGAUGAACACCGCCAUGUGGGAGCACCCCAUCACCGAGCAGCAGGUGGGCCAGCUCAAGGCCUUCGGCUAUGUCGAGAUCCCCUGUGUGGCCAAGAAGCUGGUCUGUGGAGACCAAGGUCUGGGGGCCAUGGCUGAGGUGGGCACCAUUGUGGACAAAGUGAAAGAAGUCCUCUCCCAGCACGGUGGCUUCCAGCAGAAUUGAACCCGGGGAUUUCUGUCACGCAUGUCCCUCUGAACUCAGGUGUUUUCAGGCCAAGUUGGUGAAGAAGGUGGACUAUGGCAAAAUAUGGUGAAGACUUCUGCAUUUGCUGAGUAGUGGUCUGGCCUGGGCCUGCUCGGGAGCCUCCCCAGGAGCGGGACCUGCCCCAGGUUAAACUAGACCAAAGGCCCAGGUCCCAACUUCUUUCAACCAAGAGACACCUGCUUUCUGGAGUUCCUCCCCACCUUUUCCUGGGAUGGGCACAGCAAGCCAGGGGAGCAAGCUGCUGUAUUGUUCCUGUGCUCUGGGAAGGGGACUUGGGAAUGACCGAGAAACCUUCAUCCAACGUUGUGCCCAGGAACUGCUUUUAGAAAGAGCCACAGCGGGAGAUCCCCAGACCUUUGGAGCUUCAGCUUCUUGGUGGGGUGCAAGGAAGACUGCGAGGUGGCAAGGCCCUGAGAUUUCCCACAGACCGUGCUGUGAGAUUGGGGGUACUGAGAAUAAAGAAAAGUGACUCUC